CCCCCUUGCUUCCGAUGAAGCCACAACAUCCAAGAUGUCUUCUGCCAUAGAGUCCCUCGUUUCUUACCGCAGCGACUCAGAUUCCGAAAAUGAAUCCGAUUCUAGUUCCAGAAAUGAUAUUAAUGAUCCGGACGCCACCGCACAUCUAAAACCGUUACCAUCCGGGCCGACCAUGACCCUGGCUGUCCUAAACGCAGCCCCGGAGGUGGCUGUGAAGGAGUCUGUAGAGACCGGACAACACCUGGAUCCUGCGUUGAAGGAGGUCACUUUCAACCCUACGUUUGAAACACUGUUUGCACCAGAGUUUGGGCCAAUCAACCCCUUCAAAAGCCAGCAGAUGGCCGCCCCAAGGAAUAUGUUGUCUGGCUAUGCAGAGCCCGCCCACCUCAACGAUUUCAUGUUCGAACAGCAAAGGAGAACGUUUUCCACCUUUGGCUAUGCACUGGACCCCUCUGUGGGCACGGCUGAAGUGACUAACUCCUCCUAUAUCGGGGCAGUGGAUGAGGCGGAGAAGAAUAAAGGGAUAACGGUGUUCGAGGCUGCUGCGAAGACGGGAGAUAAAAGGAAGAAGGUUAAAGGAGGAGAGGCAGGCGAGAUAGAAACCUUCCUCGGGCCAUGGGCAAAAUACGCAGACGAGAAAGAUGGGGCCAAACCAUCAGAGGAGAUGCAGAAGGAGCUGGAUGAGAUCACGGCCAAGCGGCAGAAGAAGGGGCGCAACGAGGAAGAGGCCCCAGCAGAGGAGAAGACCGUUCUCCAUGUCAAGGACAUGUACGACUACCAAGGUCGCUCCUACCUCCACGUCCCCCAGGACGUGGGCAUCAACCUGCGCACGGCAGAUGUGCCGGACAAGUGUUACCUGCCCAAGAAACAGAUCCACGUCUGGACCGGACACACCAAGGGUGUCAGCGCUAUUCGUCUAUUCCCUGCCUCUGGUCAUCUGCUUCUCUCCGCUUCCAUGGACUGUAAAAUCAAGCUAUGGGAGGUGUACAACGAGAGGCGGUGCAUACGGACGUUUAUCGGUCACAGUAAGGCGGUACGAGACAUUUGCUACAACAACGAUGGGACUAAGUUCAUGAGCGCUGCCUACGACCGCUACCUAAAGCUCUGGGACACAGAAACAGGCCAGUGCAUCUCGCGCUUCACCAACAGGAAGGUGCCGUACUGCGUCAAGUUCAACCCGGAUGAGGACAAACAGAAUCUCUUCGUGGCCGGCAUGUCAGAUAAGAAGAUUGUGCAGUGGGACAUCAGGACGGGCGAGGUGGUGCAGGAGUACGACCGCCACCUGGGCGCCGUCAACACCAUCACCUUCGUGGACGAGAACCGACGCUUCGUCAGCACAUCGGACGACAAGAGUCUCCGCGUGUGGGAGUGGGACAUCCCCGUGGACUUCAAGUACAUCGCCGAGCCCAGCAUGCACUCCAUGCCAGCUGUCACACUCUCUCCCAACGGUAAAUGGCUGGCGUGCCAGUCCAUGGACAACCAGAUCCUGAUCUUUGGGGCCCAGAACCGCUUCCGCCUGAACAAGAAGAAGAUCUUCAAGGGCCACAUGGUGGCCGGCUACGCCUGUCAGGUGGACUUCUCCCCCGACAUGAGUUAUGUGGUGUCAGGGGACGCGGACGGCAAGCUGAACAUCUGGGACUGGAAGACCACCAAGCUGUACCACCGGAUCAAGGCCCACGACAAGGUGUGCAUCAGCGCCCUGUGGCACCCGCACGAGACCUCCAAGGUCAUCACCUGCGGCUGGGACGGCCUGAUCAAACUCUGGGACUAGAGGAGCAGCGGAGACCCCCGAGGUCCCCCUGUGUGUGUGUGUGUGUGUGUGAACGCCAGCCGCAGAGGUGCGAGCUCUAACGAGGACCCCGUGAAUACGUGUGUGAAAGCCGUCCCCAUCAGUGCGCGUGUGAACACGGAUCCCGUCAGUGCAGCUGUGAACGCGGUCCCCGUGAGGAUGGGUGUGAACGAACGCUGCUGCUCCCCAUAGUUUUUCUCUUUCCAGGUGAUUGAGGGGACAGCAGGCAGAAGCAGGGCUGGUAUCCAGUCUGAUCCUAGAAGUGUAUUUUUGUAUCGCGUCGUGUUCAUGCUUCUUAUUAAACACACAGCGUCUACAUUAAAAUUAUGAACUGAUUUCGCUUUUAUUUGCCGAUGUACUCUACUGUUUAAUGGAAGAUGUAAUACUUUUUUUUGUAUGUGUUCCUGGACAUUGGUUAAAAUAAACAUUUUGUACAGUU